CUAAGUUGCCACCUUCCCUCUUACUUUCAUCAUGGAUCCCUUCGAAGUCAGGAUCCAGUUCCUAGCCCUAUUGCGUCGCUUGAAUGCUACUCAACAGUCAAUACACAAAGCAGUGGCCUUUGCCGUGAAAUACUUUGCACCAUGCGGAGAGGAUCUCUGGGAUUGUAUUGUUGAGGAAUGCCAAAAGGGCUCAAUAAACUCAAGGAUAAACACCUUGUACUUCCUUGACUCUCUCUGCGAAAUGUCUCUGCUUGUCAAAUCCCAUGCAAAGGUUGUACGGUCAAACAGGCCAGAAAGCAACCAAUAUGUCGACUAUGUCGCUCGAGAUUUGGGCAAAAUUGUCGAAUAUGUCGUACCUUCAGGGAGGGAAGGUCUUCCCAAUCUUAUUAGCACACGUCAAAUCCUCGAAAGCUGGAAAUCUAAACGUGUCAUCGACCCCGAAAUAAUCGAUGAAGCCUUGGCCAACAUCAGUGCCCGCGAAAACAACCCAGGGGAGAGCAGCAGUACCCACCGUGCGCACCUCCCCCGACAAGAAAUUUUCAAAAGAAUAGAAGAGGACAGAGAGCGGCACAAACGACUCCGAGAGCGUCGGUGGGUGCAGCCAAUAUCGCAUAAUCCCUGGACUCAACAGUUGACGUCCUUCAUGCCGUUUACGGAGAAAGAUGAUGGGGAGUUUGAGCUCAGCUUAGAUAUCGAGUUUGAGAACGAGUGGGAUACGGUGAGCGAUUGGAAUGAAGACGAUGAAGAGGCGUGCGCGGAAGAGAAUGCUCUUUGUUUCCCUUCAACGAACAGUGGUGUUUCGUAGUUUCCCUCUACACUUUCUACGCAUGUCGCAGUUCUGCGUUCAAAUUCCUCAGGAGACCGUGCAUUAUACUCUUAACAUUUACUAAAAAUCAUCUCCGUGAUCAUACAAAUGACGCACUUGCAAAGUCGUGCAGAUACAUGGCCUCCCAUCCACGAUAAAUUCUUU